UUUGCUGGCCAUGUCAUCGCUUUUCCUGAAUAAAAAACCUUCUCAAUGCAGCAUCCUUCUGAAGAAUGACUUCAUCAGAUAUGUGUUUAUAGAAGAGCAAAAUAGGUGCUUCCAUACGUUCUGUCCUAUAUUUACUGCAAAAAAGAUGGGACAUUUAUAAGUGUAGUUACAUUUUUUUCCCAAAGCCACAAUUGAGCAGCUAUGAAAUAAAGCAGAUUUGUGCCAGAUCUGCAGUUAUUUUUGUUUUCUCCUGCAGAGGAAUUUGAGGCUCUUCCAGCCAUUCCAGAUGUGCUUCUUGGCAUCCAGACUCAGCCGCUAUCACGUAGUGAAAUGUUGUUUUCCCUCUACCUGUCUGUCACUACUUCUGAUCUGAAACGGGAAGAGCACGCUGGGAUUGCAGAGACUUUCUCUUGUCCAAGUUCUUGUGAGAUGGACGUUGGCGUGUCCAGGUCCCGUGUGUUUGUCGGCUCCAGCUCCCGAGCCCUCCUCUCCAAGUGUAGCAUCCUGCCGAGUGUGCGCUACGUCAUGGAGGCCGUGAAGGAGGGUCACACAGGCAGCCUGAGUUCAGGGAAAAUCGUGGCUCUGGCUGCAGGCCUGUCUGUGGGGGCGACAAUUGGCUACGUGGUCUACCGCCACAUCAGCAAGACCAGCAGCAGUGAUGGGCCUGACACAGAGGAGUCCAAAAUGAUUCUUCCUAUAGAAGUCUAUAGAAACAUGUCUAGAUGCCAGGCUACGUUUUUGGAUGUGGUGAGCCAGAAGUCUGGUGCUCAUGUGAGAGUUUUGUCAGAAUUUGGGGAGCCUGGAUGCAAGGCAGCUGUAUGUUUCCAGCUGCAGGGCUCAAAGGAGCAGGUCCUGUUGGCCCGCUGUGUCCUGGAGAACCUGGUCACAGACUGUGAACCGAUGGAGGAGGUCUUAGAGGUUCCUAAGACAGCAUUUGGACGUGUUAUAGGACGUGGUGGUGAGAGUUUAAAACUAAUCACAAGAAGCACAGGUGCCAGAGUAGUUUGUUCCAGAGAGAAAAAGCACAGCCCAGGAGGAACGUCCAGUGUGACAAUCACAGGGACCAGACAGGAGGUGAAGCAGGCUAAGGAGAUGAUUCUAGAGCGAGUCAGAGAGGAUGCGGUGGUGAGGACAAAGAUCUCCCAGUCAUCUGCGCUUCGUCAGAAGCGGGGACAAACAGUCAUGAAUCCAGAACCUUGUUGGUUGGAACCUGAACAACCUCUUGGUCUGAACAAUAAUGGCCCCAUCUCCUGCACAGAGAAGAAUGGACUUGUUCAUUCAAAUGAAGCCACAACUGAAUGUAUAUUUCACAAGAUGAAGGAGCUGAAAGGCACUGAUGACCAGGAAGAAGAAAGUGUCUCCUCUGAUUCACUCUCUGAAGUGUCCAAGUUUGAAAUUCCCAGCCCAGACCUGAGCUUCCAGCCGGAUGAGCACUUUGAGGUUUAUGUGUCUGCAUCAGAAAACCCAAACCACUUCUGGAUCCAGAUUCUGGGUGUUCGCUCCCUCCAGCUGGACAAGCUCACAGAGGAGAUGAGCAGCUUUUACACAAACGAAAACCAAACCGAGCAGCGGAUGGAUACCACUGUGGUUGGAGACAUUGUGGCAGCUCCUUAUCGAGACCACAACACAUGGAACCGGGCCAGGGUGCUGGGAGUCCUGGAAUCUGGACUGGUGGACCUUUACUAUGUAGACUUCGGGGAUAACGGGGAGCUUUCCAGGGACAGCCUUCGCCCCCUCAGGAGCGACUUCCUCAGCUUACCAUUCCAAGCUAUUGAGUGCAGCUUAGCAGGAGUGAGACCAAAAGGAGAGGCUUGGACUGAAGCAGCCCUGGAUACCUUUGAACAGUUGGUAUACUGCGCCAACUGGAAGCCCCUACAGGCCAAACUCUGCAGUUACUCGCAUUCUGAGGUCUCGUCCUGGCCCAGUGUCAAGCUGUAUGACAACAGCAAAGGAAAGGCUGUGGAUAUCGGUGAGGAACUCAUUCGGCUAGGCCACGCUAUCAGCUUCCAUGAAGCAUUGAAUGAAAGGACGGAAGGGGGCAAUCUUGGCUGUUUGCAAAGGAUGCUGGACGAUGUAAUAGGAGCAUCUUCAGAGCUCAGUCUGUCGUGUAUCAGUUUGUCAGAAGCGGCUUCAGUCUCAGGAAGUGUGGAUGAUGGUGUAGAAGAUGAGCUUCUUUGAUACCACACAGAUUCAUAAAGGUGGAAUGAAGAGGAGGGGGAUGGAGGUUUGACCCAUGCCUAAGUACCUAAAUCUUCAUUGUGGAGCCUUCCCUACAUUUCAUGUGUUCCACAGUUUGUCCAACCAUUUUUACUUUGUUGUUUUGGUUUUUAGGCUGUUCUCCUGUACCCAGUUCUGCUUUGCUUGGGGGGAAAAAAAGUGAAAUUUGUGUUCAAGAUUCCUGAAAAGCCCCGUUAUGAGACUUUUGGUUCCUGAAAAGGAAAACUGGCUGUGGCUUACUUUUCCCCCCUUUCUUAUAAAUUGUUAUAUAUGUUGGAUAUAUUAUGGUUCAGUGAAUAUUUCUGAAAGGAAAGCAUGUAGUGUUUUUGAAUGUGGUUUACAGUUUCAUUUUAUUUGUAAACAGCCAUGAAACUUUGUUCUUCAUAUAUAUAUUGGAUUGACCUAUAUUACAAUAAAUUACUUAUUUUACAGAGAUUGUAUCUUUUUUAUUUGAAUUGAACAGUUCAGAAGUAAACCGAAUAAUAAACACGAUGCAAUAAAAUAA